CUAGCACCUACGGCCCGAAGCGUAAACACAGCGCAGGGCUGCUUUUUGGGGGGGCUUGGUGUUGAUUAUAGCAACCUUUUAUUCUGCGAAUCGUCAAACGCGCACGCUGCAGCGUCAGGCAAGCAUAAGCUGCAAGCCUUGGCAGCAUGGCUGAUGCGCAGCGGCGCGAGGACGACAGAAGCUAUGGGCGGGACCGCCGCGACUAUCGUGAUGACGACAGGCGGCGGCGAUCGAGCCGCGAGCGCUACGCUCGAUCGCGGAGCCCGCGCGACUCGCGGCGCGGCCACGACCGCGAGCGACCGCGGAGCCGCGACGAGCGGCGCUACGAGCGGAGUUCGCGAGGCGACGACCGGCGCUACGAGCGGAGUUCGCGAGGCGACGACCGGCGCUACGAGCGGAGGUCGCGGUCGCGAGGCGACGACCGGCGCUACGAGCGGAGGUCGCGGUCGCGAGGCGACGACCGGCGCUACGCGCGAAGGUCGCGGUCGCGAGGCGACCGCUAUGAGCGGCGGUCGCGGUCGCGAGGCGACGAGCGGGACGACUACUACGCCCGCCCGCGCUCGCGGGACGGCUACCGCGACCGCCACGACCCGCGAGCGCAGCCGGCGGCGCCGGCGCCGCCCGCGCGGCCGAAGAGUGAGAUCGAGGUCUACCUCGCGAGCCUCGGCAUGGACAAUCCGGCGCUGCCGUCCUUUAUCGCCUCGAUGGACGACGAGCUGGCGAAGGACUUCGUCGAGAAGCUUAUUAUAUUGUCGAAGUUCCCGAAGGACAUUAUCAAGGACCUCCUCGACACGGUCAUACGCAAGCGUGCGUCUAUCAAAAAUCCUUCGGCGUGGCUCGUGGUCUCCAUGAAGAAGGAGCAGCCGUGCAACGUCUACUCCAUGACGGGCUUUUGUCAGCACGGCGACCGGUGCCGCUUCAAGCACGUCGAGCCGCCAUGAGUCUAGUAAGUAACUUUAGGCAGU